GUCAGCAGCUCGGUAGUUGUGUUUCCUGUUUCUGGAGCUUUCUGGAGGCGCACUUUAAAUGCAUCCGUCCCGGUGACGGCUUCUACACGACCACAGCAGGAGACGCCACAGACAUGAUUGGGCAGGAAAAUGGGAAGAGCCGCCUGCAGCAGGCCCAGGACGAUGUGGAGGAGGUGAAGGGCAUCAUGCUGGACAACAUGAACAAGGCAGAUGAGAGAGGUGACAAACUGAACGACCUGGAGGACAGAGCUGACGAGCUGCUGGAAAAGAGUAAAACUUUUGAAAAGACUACGCGUAAGCUGAAGCAAAAGUAUAAAGGGACAAGGAAACUGGUGUUCAUCAGUGUCGGAGUGGUCGCUGCACUCAUCAUUAUCGGACUCAUAAUCUUUGCCAUUGUUUAAAAAUUAAGUUGAAUAUUUUCAACCAAACAUCAUUGUGCUGCUCACUUUCUACUUCUUUAUCGUAUGGAUCGGAUCUCAAACAAGGCCACCACUCAAAGGAAGAAGUCACAGAAUCCAUUCCCCUGCCUCGGUUGCUGGUUCGGUUUGACUCAACUGUCUGAAGACGAUGGAGGAGAAAACACUUUCAGUUCAUCUCGUGUAAAUAUUUGCAGCCUGAUGUAGUUUCAAAUCAGAAACAAUUACCUGAUGUUCUGUCUCAUCCAAUCUCUCUGCCUCUAAUAAAAUAAACUCCAAAUUGUCUGCAUCAUUAAAGUGUCUGUGAAGCUGGAGUAAAA